AUGGCAAAGAAAAAGGAAAAGGCCGCAGCCAAGGAGGAAACUGUGCAAGCUGUCGAAGGUGAACUCGAAGAUGAGGAGGUGGCAGAUGAUAAUUCUCCAGAAGCUUACGCAUUGACUGGUGACUACAGAACUGAUUACAAUGAAAUUUGCAAGCGAUCAGAGUUAGCCCCUAUUCUCCUUAAGCAGAGGGGGCAAAGUCCAGCAUCACUUGGCACAGAACCAGCAGAAGGUGUUCCAACAACAUAUACUACUAAAGACAAAUAUGAGUACUUGAAACCAUGUGUAGAAGUUGAGCAAGAUGAUGAUAAUAAAGAUUCUAUAAAAAGUUUUUACAUUAAAGGAUGGAAAGUUUCUACUGGAAUUUUGAAUGUUCUAAAUUUGGCUGCUCCCCAAACUUUGACCACCAUAAGUUUUUGGCGAUGUGGUUUAGACAGGGAAGCUCUCCACAUUAUUGUGAACAUGCUUUCAAAAAUUGCAAUUAGGAGUGUCUCGUUAGAUGGCAACCCUGAGUGUGCAGGUCAUUUCCAUCUGCUGUUGUCUGAAGACUGCACAAUCAGCUCCCUAUCUCUGAGAUCUAACAAGAUCAGUUGCACUGACAUUGCACUCUUCUCUACAGCGCUAGCUACCAAUAAGUCAUUGACUAACCUUUCUCUACACAAUAACUCGAUCGAGGAUGAGGGAGCCCAGCAUCUUGCACGGGGAUUACGGAUGAACAGAACACUGUUGACCCUAAAUCUGAGUGGUAACAAGCUCACAGAUGUUGGAACUAAAGCUUUGUCCGAGAUACUCACCAGUUUAACACUAAGCCACGAGGAGAUUGUAGCAAGACGCAAACUUAUUUCAGAAAACAAGUCGGCCCUGGCUACCGACGAUCCGCCAACAACUCCUGGAGGUAGAACUAAAGACAGGCCCGGUAGCAACAGUAGAACUGGGUCUCACACGGCGCUUGACAAGAAAGGGAAGGGUGGAGCAAGUGGAAAGGGAAACAAGAAACAGGACAAGAUGGAGAAACCUGGAACUAAAGAUGGCAGAAAGUCGGAUAUGGGGAACAAGGGGAAAGACGACAAACGCAAAGGGGCUGCAGACGCUAAAAAAGGGAACAUUAAAAAGGGAACAGCUGGCAAGAAGUAUCAGGAGGAGAAAGAGCAGGAGCCUGAGGUGGUCGAGUUCAGUAAUCCUCUCCUGGAGUCCAACAUGUCUGAAAAAGAAGGUAAAAUUGUCGUUCCUGGCAACUACGCCCUGACCUGUCUCAACCUUAAUAAUAACGCUAUCGACGAUAAUGGUAUUACAUAUCUCUACAAAGCUCUUCACUUCCAAGAAAAUAGCACCAUGAAACGUGGAAUCAAAGGACUCCUUCGUUUAACUUUAAAGAAUAACAGAUAUGACAAUGAGAGCAGAUACUACACUGAAUUGGUCGACAUCAUGACCCGACGAGACCCCUUCUAUGAACAACCUCUCAUUGAAGAAGAUCAGAGCAAUAUCACCGCUCAAACUUGAAAAAGAGACGCUGAGAACGGGACGGUGUUUAAAUUAAUUCAGAUUUAAUGGACAACCUACCCGGUACCCUAAAACUUGAUGAUAUCGUUUUGAUCUGGUUGCCGGCCUGUGAAACUACUUUAAGCUGGACAUACAGAACUCUGAGUGGAGAUUUUGAGACAAAUUUUCUGUGUAGAGACGGAUAUUUUAGUUAUGAAUUUGUAAAUAGUUUUUAUUUCAACCAAAUAAAGUUCUUCGCUGUUUUCUGAAACA